GUGGGGGUGGCGGAAUGGGGCAGGGACCCCAGGGAGGUCCCCCCCUCCUCAAACAGAACCAGAACCACGGACCCCUUCAACCAUCRGGUGGUGGCCCACGAARGGGCCCCCAUCCUGGUGCUCCUCACCCCCACCAAGGACCCCCCCCUCCAGCAGGCUGGGACCCCCCUAAGGGACCCCACCCCAGCCAGCUGGACCCCAAUUCCCAGGCAGCCAUGAUGCACAAGGCUAGGAYGGAGAAGUCCGGGGACAGCCUGCUGCGGAAGGACUCCCAGAGCUCGGACCAGUCGGAGUCGCUGCGGCCMCCCCCACCCAGGCCCUACAAGAGCAAACGYGGCGUCAARAAGAGGCAGAUGUCUAUCAGCAGCUCAGAGGAGGAGGGCGCCUCCACGCCCGAGUACACCAGCUGUGAGGACGUGGACAUGGAGAGCGUCAGUGAGAAAGGUGAUUGGGACUGCCAUCCUCUGGAUCCUGCUGUGUGGCAUCAUCCAGUGACAUGGCAGCCGUCCAAGGAGGGCGACCACUUAAUCGGACGCAUCACUCUGAGCAAAAGGUCGGCCAUGCCCCGCGAGGCAGGCUCCUUACUAGGGUUAAAGGUUGUGGGUGGGAAGAUGACAGAGACAGGGAGACUGGGGGCCUUCAUCACCAAAGUCAAGAAAGGAAGUCUGGCGGACAUUGUUGGCCACCUACGAGCUGGUGAUGAGGUACUGCAGUGGAACGGGAAGUCGUUGCCGGGAGCAACCAAGAAGGAAGUGUACAACAUCAUUCUGGAAUCCAAGGCGGAGCCUCAAGUGGAAAUAGUUGUCUCAAGGCCUAUUGGAGACAUACCAAGAAUUCCAGAAACAUCACAUCCUCCUUUAGAAUCGACGGGCUCCAGUUCCUUUGAGUCUCAGAAGAUGGAGCGUCCCUCCAUAUCGGUCAUGUCCCCCACCAGCCCUGCUACCCUCAGAGCCCUCCCCGUCAUCCUGCCUGGACAGCUCUCUGUAAAGCUGUGGUAUGACAAAGUGGGCCAUCAACUGAUCGUCAACGUCCUUCAAGCCAUAGACCUGCCCCCCCGACCGGACGGGCGACCCAGGAACCCCUACGUCAAGAUGUACUUCCUCCCUGACCGAAGUGAUAAGAGCAAGCGCAGGACCAAGACGGUAAAGAAGAGCGCUGGGCCCAAGUGGAACCAGACGUUCCUGUACUCCCACGURCACCGCAGGGACUUCAGAGAACGCAUGCUGGAGAUCACCGUCUGGGACCAACCUAGAAUACAGGAGGAGGAGAGUGACUUCCUGGGAGAGAUCCUGAUAGAGCUGGAGACUGCCCUGCUGGACGACGUUCCUCACUGGUAUAAGCUCCAGACCCACGACGUGUCCUCUCUACCUCUGCCCCAGCCAUCCCCUUACCUCCCGCGGAGACACGCCUCUCACGACAGCCCCAGCAAGAAACUACAGAGGUCCCAUCGCAUCAUUGACACAGAGUUUGAUGAUACAGGUGCAGAGCGUAACUCGAGGGAGAGGGAGAGGAACAGCACCCUGACUGUCCCAGAGCAGCAGAGACUGGCCCAGCACCGCUCCAGAUCUGUGUCCCCUCACCGUGAGGACAUAACAAGGGCCCGCUCCCGCCCUGCACACGUCCCCAUGCAGAGGAGUCUGGAUGAGAUCCAUCAGAACCGCCACCACUCCUGCUCCCCCGCUCGUUACCAUGACUCCCACGGGGAGCACCGCUCCGGGGACUCGGACUACGAGUACUCCGAGGACAGUGAUCUGCAGCCCAGUCUGGACCGGGUGAGGAGUGCCAGCACCACCUGCCUCAGACCUGACACCAACCUCCACUCUCCUGAUAAAGACAGAACACACACCCACAGCCCCUCCCCUCCUACGGGGACUCCCCAGUCAGGUCGCAGGGGCAGACAGCUGCCACAGGUUCCUGCCAGAAGCAGCAGUGUAGAGCAAGCUCUAGCAGUAGAGGAGCGAGCCAGACAGAUGAACAUGAAAGUACAUUCCUACCGGCCUUCAGCCUCCCAUGACCCCGAGACGGACCUCAAGACCAAACGAGAGAUGUAUGCGGAUCAGCGGCGGAGCUCUGACAACGUGUCGGCGCGCUCGUCAGACAGCGACAUGAGUGACGCGUCGGCCCUAUCCCGCGCCAGCAGUGCCUCACGCCUCAGCAGCACCUCCUACAUGUCCAUCCAAUCAGAACGCCCGCGCGGGCGUCUCAGUCGGCAGGUUCGUGCGGCGCCAGGCCGGACCAUGCUGAAGAGCACAAGRGUGAGCGGUGAGAUCUACGCGUCAGAGCGUACCGACGGCAGCCAAUCGGAUACGGCGCUGGGCACYGUGGGCAUGGGUGGCAAGAAGAGACGCUCCAGCCUCAGUGCCAGGGUGGUCUCCAUCGUCUCCAACAGACGUAGUCGCAGCACGUCGCAGAUCGUCGGCCCGGAGGGGAAGGGGAAGAAGGAGAAAGGUGCAUCCAUCCAGAGGAGCACAGAGACGGGUAUGGCUGUAGAGAUGACCAGGAACAUGAGUCGACAGUCCAGUAAAGAGUCCACCAACGGCACCAUGAACAGCUGCAACUCAGAGGGAAAUCUGCUUUUCGGUGGGGUGCGUCUGGGACAGCCAGGCAACCAGUUCAGUGACUUCCUAGAUGGCUUGGGUCCUGCUCAGCUGGUGGGCAGACAAACACUGGCCACACCUGCCAUAGGUGAUAUUCAGAUCGGGAUGAUGGACAAGAAGGGCCAGCUGGAGGUGGAGGUGAUCAGAGCUCGGGGCCUUGUACAAAAGCCUGGAUCCAAAUCCCUCCCUGCUCCAUACGUCAAGGUCUAUCUGUUGAAUAAUGGAGCGUAUGUAGCCAAAAAGAAAACCAAGAUUGCACGGAAAACGCUCGACCCGCUGUACCAGCAAGCGCUGCAAUUCGAGGAYAGCCCACAGGGGAAAGUCUUACAGGUGAUCGUCUGGGGAGACUACGGACGAAUGGACCACAAAAGCUUCAUGGGAGUUGCACAAAUCCUAUUGGAGGAACUAGACUUAACGAGCACAGUGAUUGGCUGGUACAAGUUGUUCCCACCCUCCUCCUUAGUGGACCCCACACUAGCCUCCCUGACUCGACGUGCUUCCCAGUCGUCAUUGGACAGCUCCUCGGGCCCACCYGGCACCCGAUCCUAGUGGACCAAUYGGACUACAGCUACCAAUCUUAAUGGACCAAUGGGACUAUGGCUAGCCUACCGCUUUGUGAAACGAAUUAACGUCACUUUAGAGAUUAACGGACAAAAAUUAUUCUAGAACAACAACAAUCAAGAAACAGAGUCACAAUGAUUAAAAAAAAGCUUUGUUGAGAUCUGACAAUCACUCCUGGCAUCGUUUAAUUUGUUUGUUUGUUUUAGAGAGCGUAAGGUUUCAGUGUUCCAUUCCAGUAACGAAUUCGUCAUCGUUUUUUCGCGGUUGUAAUCUAAGAACUAGGGCUGUUGGUAAUAAACAAUGUUCGGUAGCUAGGUAAGGCUGUACUUGAGUCGAGCGGUAAGGAGACACUCGAUUCAUUGAAGAAACUAAGUAGAAAUUUAAAUGUGAAAGGAAGAAGGUUGGUAGUUUUUAGUCAAACCAUCAAUAAACAAAGAAAUGUAUGUUAGCGUCGGAAUGUAUGGACCCAAGACAGAGGUGUCAUCCUCCUUGUUCCUCAGGGGGUGCCAUAAUGUCCUCUCCGCAGUGGCCCCCAUCCGGCCCCCAAACAGACUGCCAGCACUUCGGCCCCCAGGUCAGAGUGCUUCUGGGUGGGGUCGGUCCGGGCAAGCAGGGGUCUCCUUCUGGUGCCUAGACUUUGUGGAUUCACAUUACUGGUCCUUCUCUGUCAAAUAUCAUUUUUUGUUUUCAAGAUGUUUACCAUGGCUGGUCCAAGCCGCUCUCUCGUUUUUGUCUUUGGUACGUUUGACUCUCUUUUUCUCCGUUUGUUACUUAUGGCACAAAAAAUGUUUUUAUGAUGAGUAUGAGGUUUACGAUGCGUUGUCUGAUGUAUGCAUGGAGAAGAAUAAAAAGACACAAAGAAAAAAUACGUCAUAGAGAAAAUUAACUAAAGUGUCUGCAAUGAGAUGCAGGGGACUGUUCAGUGACACAUCUUAAGUUACGAUUUUUACACUUGACGAUGAGAUUAGUGUGGGAUUACAAUCUUCUUUUCUUCAUUCAGUCACCUACAAAAAGUCCAACCCAGUUGUCUUUGUAUAGAUGUAUAUUAGACCUCCAAGGAGGUUGACCAUUAAAUKUAAUUAUACAUUUCACUUUGGACUAUCACUAGGGUGUCAACAAGUCACUGUAAAAAAAUACGUAUCUUUGUCCACAAUCACGAGAAAUUUCAUUUAGCUGUUUUCCUGGAAUAUCCUUCCCUUCAUCCCAGCACAUGUUUAUGGGUUUUAUCCGAAACUUCAGUUUACAUUAUUUUGAGAUUCAAAAACGCAAGCACAAUAAGCUUGAUUUUUUUUGCAGCAAAAAGUUUAACUUUUUGGGGGGAAAAAAGUGAAUGAAAAAAAUAUAAAAAAUACUGCUUGCAAAUGUAAUUUUUUUGCUUCAUUUAAUUUCUUCUUUGUCUCGAUUAUUUGGAAAAACAAAAAACAUCAGUUGCUCAAAUUUCCCUUCUGCAUCUUUGUGAAUGUGAAAAGUAACCCAUCAGAUUGAACUUUCAGGACAGGAACACCAAUGCUCAUCCUUCGUCAGGCCCGCUGACUCCUGCCACACCAAAGGGGGCGUGGCCAGCAUGACUCGGACCUGUUCCAAGCUGCAUGCACAUUUUGUAAAACAAAAACSAUACUGG